AUGUCGCUCGACCCUCCCCCGUAUCUCGGUUCGCUCCGCAACAACAUCCGCCAGCGACCGAUACCCUGGGAUGGCGCAGUUAGAGCAGGCACCAUUACCGAAGCCCAGCUGGCCAAGAUCAGGGCUGUUGACAAGGUCCGGCAAGAGCAGAGAAAGCAGACGGUCGAGCGCGACCUGGACGGAUACCGUGUGCUGUUCGUCGGAGAGCCUGGCACUCCUGGCGUCCUAGAGUCGGCAAGCAGGCGCUCCGAUGUCGUGCAGUACAUUCUGGUCCUGCUGAGCGACUUGCUCGAAGGCGCUCCCGCUCUCGCAAAGGCACUCUUCAAGGAUUCAGACCCGUACCGACAUUUCCUACCACUACUUGCGCACACAAACAAUCCCGAAGACCCUAUCCCAUUACUUACCUCCACCGUACUUGCUACGCUUAUGGCGAGCUCACAGGACGAGUCCCAGUCGACUGAACAUGCCCUCCCCCUAAUCCUGAGUUACCUCUGUGGCAUGACCAAGAAUUCCAACGAUGCUGGCCUGCAGGACAUUGCCGUCAUGGAGUACUCGUCUCUACUAUACGGUCGAUCUAACAGACAACUCUUCUGGCAGCAGAGAAGCGAGACAGUUGCACCUCUGAUCGACAUCCUGAGAAAGGCUGCUGGCAUUGGUGGAGAUUCAUCCGCCAGUUUGUACAGUGGAAACAACACGGUAAAAAGUGCUGGCUUCGAAGGACUUGGUGGCGGCGUGGGGCUACAGCUCCUAUACCAUGUCCUGCUGGUAUUGUGGCAGCUUAGCUUCGAAGCUGAGGACAUUGGCGACGACAUGAACGACGAGUACGAUAUCAUCCUCCUAUACACUCAGCUGUUACGGCUUUCGCCAAAGGAGAAGACCACGCGGCUGUUGUUGUCGACACUGUACAACCUGCUCGAGGCAAACCCGUCCACAUUGCUACCGGCAGCGGUCCUGGCCCGGCUUCCAUCGCUUCUCCAGAAUGUCAGUGGCCGCCACUUGACAGAUCCCGACUUGCUGGAAGACUUGGACAGGCUGAAGGAGAUGCUGGAAGAGUACACCAAGACCAAGACGACAUUCGACGAAUAUGUUGCCGAGGUCCAAUCGGGACACCUGAGAUGGUCCCCGCCGCAUCGGCAUCAGACGUUCUGGGCCGAGAACGCGCGCAAGAUCUUCGAGUUUGAGAACGGAGAAAUCCCGCGAAAGAUGGCGGAUAUCAUGAAGAAGCCCUGGGAGAACGACAAGGCGGUCCUGGCAAUCGCCUGCAACGAUGUUGGCUGUCUCGUCAAAGAGGUGCCGGAGAAGAGAUACCAGCUGGAGAAGCUUGGUCUGAAGACGCGCAUCAUGGAACUCAUGCAAGAUGCGGAUGAGAGCGUGCGAUGGGAAAGCUUGAAAGCUCUUGGUGGAUGGCUGAAGUACAGCUUCGAGAACAACUAA